AUGUGGGCCCUGGGAUGGCCCAUCGCUGUGAGCAUGUUUUGUCGUUUCGCCAUGUUCUCCAUGGACUCUGCCUGCGUGGGGCACUUGACGUCACGACCCUUGAUGGCAACGGAACUCCACGAGGGCGGCGGCGUGGGGUCGGACGUCUCGGAGCCGGCGGUGACGUAUCCCGUGCCCACCCUGCUGAGCGGUUACGAGAUGCCCAACGCUUAUCCCACCACCCUGGCCAUCACAUCGCUGGAGAGUCUACAAAACGGCACCGAGAUCUACACCUCACGACAAUAUUUGGCUGCCUCCAGUCUGUCUGAUAUGGUGACGAAUUUCUUGACCACACCGUUGCUGGCCAUGUGUUUCGGCCUCAACCCGCUGAUCGCCCAAUCCUAUGGCUCUGGAAACUUCCACAUGGUUGGUACGUGGCUCAAGCUGGCUCUCUUUUGCGUCACCUUGGGGACCAUUCCCUUCAUCACGGGUUUCUUUUUUGUGGAUCAGAUCUUAGGGGCCUUCCACUUCAAACCUGAGGUGUGUUUCCUCGCCGGGGUCUAUGCUCGGUACAAUGCCAUUUGGGUUAUUCCCAAUUCCUGGUAUGUGAGCAUGAGGGUCUACUUCCAGGCCCAAGGCAAGGCCCGGCCCGCCAUGUAUUUUGGCCUCAUUUUUCUGGUCGUCAACGCGUUGUUCUUAUGGCUCUUGGUCUUUGGAGGACCUCAAGGGACGCUCUUUCGCGUAGGCGGUUUGGGUUUCAUCGGUGCAGCAUUGAGCAUCAGCGCCUCGCGCAUUGCGCAGAGUUUCUUCUACUGGGUGUACAUGUUCUUGCUCAAGAAGGAGCAUCACAAGACAUGGCCUGGCAUGUCCUGUGACUUUCUCCAGAGGAAAUAUGUGAAGCCCUACUUCAACCAGGUGCUUCCUCAGGUCGCCACCAUGAUUCUUCAGUUUUUGAUCAGCCAAUCCACCACGCUCUUGGUCGGCACCUUGGGCGUGCUGCAAGUCGCUGCCAGCACUGCUGCUACAUCAGCUACCGUGCCCAUCACGAUUUGUUUGCUCAUCACGUUCUCCUCACUGACGGCCAUUCGCGUGGGCAUGAAGUUGGGACAAGGCCAUUCGCAGGACGCCUGCCGCACCGCAUGGCUAUGCCUUUUGUGUCAAGCUGCACUCACCGCCGUCUUUGGCGCCAUUGUGCUGCCGCUCCGUAAAGAGCUCAUGGCCUUUAUGACCAACGACCCCGUAGUUCAACAAUUGGCUUCGGAACUUUUGAUUCCAAUCGUGCUGAAUUUCCUCUUCGCCGGGGUCGUCAGCAGCGCCAACGGCGGCAUCUUGGCGUCCCAAGGACGGACCUCGCUGAGUGCCAAGAUGGUGAUGUUCUUCGAGCUGCCGUUUUUGCUCGGGAGCAUCUCAGUUUUAGUGUUGGUGUUCCGAGCAGAUGUGCACAUUGUCUACUGGGUGCAAGCACUGGUGACCCUCAUUGAAUGCUUUGUGAUUCUGAUCAUCGUCAAGCAGAGCGAUUGGCCAAAGUAUGCCGAGGAAGCCCGCGCGCGGAAUCGCCCUGCCACUGAGCCGGCGGAAGCUCAGGUAGAGACGCACUACCGGGAGAUGGACUCCAGUUUCUCUCCUCAGAUGCUGAUCCACCUCAGGCGACCAACACUUGUGUCACUUGAAGCACCCGCAGGUGGAUUGUCGAUCCUGACUUGGAAUUUGGCGGCCAUCAACAACAAUCCUUUUGAGUAUUGGAUCAGCCACUCUGAUGCAGCCUACGCCAAGCUGAUGGAUCAGGUGGAGGCGUUUAUCGAUGAUCCACAGGAUCGAGAUGUCCCGGUGGUGGAUGUGUUCACCCCGGAACUUUUUGCAGAGCUCAUACAGCAGAUGAAGGCCCUUGAAUGGCAAGGCCUUGAUUCUGUUGAAGAGAUGUGGAAGUCCAUCCAGCAGCGGAAAAUUGUCUCAGGGCUCCUCAAGGACAAAGACCUUGGAGCCAAGAGGCUGAUGUCGAUGCCAGAUCGCUUUACCAACACCAUCAACUUAGCUUCAGGUGCUAUGGCCUUCAGACCUACAGUGAUCAACCACUGUUCGAGCAAGCUCUCCUCAGUGGCGGAAUGGUGGCCGCAGUGGCGGCGCUUCAUGUUUGAGGAAGAGCUGGAGUUGAAAACUGGCAAGAACGGAGACACAAAGAGGAUCCGGCCCUGCCAGAUGCUUUCAACGAUCAAGAAGGCCAAAUAUCCGGCCAUCUCGGAGGUGGAAGAGGCGGUGUCUAUCCCUUUGCAGUGCCUUUGCCUAGCUCUUUUCGAUGCAGUGCUGGUGCACAUGCUGCAGGUGUUGUCUCCUGACGGCCACUGGCAAGACAUCAAAGCUUCCAUUUGUGAGGCGACCUUCAGAAAAAAGAACCGCUUGACUUUCAGGAUACUGCAAAGUUAUAGCGAGGCUACGGUGAUUUGCUUGCAGGAAGCAUCUGCAGCAUUCCUCUUCAGCCUCCGCAACAGCACCUUGACGCGGACGCAUCACGUGAUCGCGCCAAGCAAGAUUGACGAGCAGCGGGAUCAGAACUCCGCCAUUUUGCUCAGACGAGACGCCUUUCCCACGGGCUCCGAAGAGGAGUUGACGGACUCGGUGAUCUCCUGCUUGGAGGGUGUGGCUCUGGAGGCGGGUGACCUUAUAGCCAUUCGUGCCAGUCAUGCACCUUCAGGACGAAGUUUCCUGAUCGUUUCCUUCCAUGGCGAUACCAAUGGACAGGCCACUGCUCCAUUGAUGAGGGCUUUGCGGAAGGUUGCCAAGGGAGAGAUGCUGGUGGGGAUGGACGCGAACACAUACCUACAGGGCAACUCGACCUUCUAUGGCGUCCAGGACUUCCUGGAGGUGUGCAAAGGUCUGGGCUUGAGAAGUUGCUUUGAGGGAGACAUGGCCAAGUGUCUAACGACCUGCAAUGCUCGAACCUUUCUCCAGCCGCAGCUCAAUAAGGCGUGCAAAAGCACUGCGAAGCUCGAGAAAGGCGAUGUGAACCCCAAGGAUCACAUCGUGUUUGGUCUCAGCUGCUUUGAGCCCAUUCAAGUCAUGAAGGAUAAUACUGGAAAGGGCGAGUACAUUGAGGGGAUGUGUUUCCCAUCGCUGAGUUUUCCAUCGGAUCAUGGCCUUGUCUCUGCGGUUCUGAAGCCAUGCGCGUAG